AUGAGCAUGCCGUUGAAAAGAAGGAACAAACAAAGUCAGGGAAAUGAACCAAAGAAAAUAAAAGUUGAAGAGCAGGAGGCAGAGGAAAAGAUUAGCGAAGACAUACCUGUUACAGAUCUCAAGGAGCCUGAGGCUUUAGCAGACAUCCAGAGCACGAGUGGCGGCGAUGAGGUUUCCGAGGGUGCACAGGGGGAUGCUGACCCCGCAGAGAAGAGCGUCGGCGGGUUGAAGGAGGAGGUGGAAGAUGAGGAGAAAGGCAUAGUUAAAUUUAUGUUUGAUGGGGUGGAGUACAAGUUCAGGGAACGGCCGAGCGUGAUUGAGGAGAAGGAGGGGAAAAUUGAAUUUCGGGUGGUGAAUAACGACAACACGAGGGAGAAUAUGAUGGUGCUGACUGGGCUCAAGAAUAUCUUCCAGAAGCAGCUGCCCAAGAUGCCGAAAGAGUAUAUAGCUCGCCUGGUAUAUGAUAGGUCACACCUCUCCAUGGCUGUAAUACGAAAGCCGCUCACCGUUGUAGGUGGCAUCACAUAUCGUCCGUUUGAAAAGGGAGAGUUUGCAGAGAUCGUAUUCUGCGCAAUCAGUUCAACGGAGCAAGUGCGCGGCUAUGGUGCUCAUCUGAUGAAUCACUUGAAGGAUUACGUGCGCGCGACCACGAACAUAAAGUACUUUCUAACCUAUGCCGAUAACUACGCCAUUGGCUAUUUUAAAAAGCAGGGCUUCACGAAGGAGAUUACUCUAGACAAGAGCGUGUGGAUGGGUUAUAUUAAGGACUACGAGGGCGGUACUCUGAUGCAGUGCUUUAUGCUACCACGUAUACGAUACCUUGAUGCUGCGAAGAUACUGUUGCUCCAGGAAGCCGCGAUACAGCGUAAGAUCCGCACCAUAUCAAGGAGCCACAUAGUACGUCCGGGGUUGAGGCAAUUCGAGGACUUGGACAACAUAGAGCCAAUUGACCCAAUGAGCGUGCCUGGGCUGCGAGAAGCUGGCUGGACUCCCGAAAUGGAUGAGUUGGCACAGAGACCUAAACGUGGUCCGCAUUAUGCGACAAUGCAAAACGUCCUCACAGAGCUACAGAAUCAUGCCGCCGCAUGGCCAUUCCUGCAACCUGUGAAUAGGGAUGAGGUCCCAGACUACUACGAGUUCAUCAAAGAACCAAUGGACCUAAGCACCAUGGAAAUAAAACUCGAGAACAACCGAUAUGAAAAAAUGGAGGAUUUUAUCUACGACGCACGCCUCAUAUUCAACAAUUGCAGAGCUUACAACGGCGAGAAUACAUCCUAUUUCAAGUACGCUAAUAGGCUAGAGAAGUUCUUCAACACGAAGAUGAAGGAAAUACCAGAGUACUCGCAUCUACUAGAUUAG